AUGUCAGUCCCUCCUGGCGCGGCAGUGGUGGAGUUCAAGGUGGAUCAGGGCGUUGUUGGAUUUCUGAUCGGCAAAGGAGGCGAGACCUUGCGCUCCAUGGAGGUCAGCAGCACUGCCACCAUCAAAAUCGAUCAGAGUACUAAGGAGAUGGGCUACAGCAUGGUGCGGAUCACGGGCUCUCAGCAGGCUGUCGCCGUAGCCAAAGCUUUGUGUGAUGGCCGCGUGAAUGAGAAGCGUGGCCACAAUGCACAUCGCGGAGUCCAGCCCGGAGGAGAGCACAGCCCUUUGGAGCCGGAGGAGCCGGAGGACCCAGAACGGCAGUUCAGAUGGAGGAGCAUGGGCAAGAUUCGUUUGAGAGAAGCCUCAGAAAUGGUGAAGUACAGGCUGGAUCAAGUCAAGGAAGCUGCGGUGCAAAGAGCUCCAGCAGGUGAAUAUGAGGAGCUUAGUAUUGCUCAAGGACAAGUGGGUGCGAUCAUCGGUAAGGGUGGUGAGACCCUUCGACAGAUCAAGGCUGAAAGUGGAGCCAUCAUCGUGUUAAGCCAAGAGACGAAAGGCCAGGGCUUUAGCACGGUGCGCUUUGCCGGGAACUUCGAACAAGUGGCCAAAGCCAAAGAAUUGGUGCAGAUCCGACUGGCCGAGCGCGAGCAACAGCAGAGCCAAGGUUGGGGCUGCCAAGGUGGGUCCAACCAAUGGACCGGUGGUAACUGUGGUUGGGGCUAUGGCAACGAUUGGGAGGUAAACCCACCUCCACCCAAAGGGAACGGCAAAGGCUGGGGUGGAGAGGCUUGGAAUGGUGGCUGUGGUGCCUGUGGCAGCUGUGGCAGCUGUGGCAGUUGUGGCGGUUGUAGUGGUUGUGGCGGUUGUGGUGGCUGCGGUCCUGGACCGCCAGGUGGUUGUGCAUGUGGAGAUGGCUGCCAGGGCGGGUGUCUCGGCUGUCCCAGUUGUGGUCCCGGGGCGCCCAUCGGUGGUGACUAUGAGCCGAGUGGACCCUGCGCCCAUGCAGCGGGUGGACUCCAACCUAUGGCGCCAAUGCAGCCCAUGCAAUCGGGGAUGCAAAAUGGGAUGCCACCGAUGCAGGGCAUGCAACAAGGGAUGCAGCCAGGAAUGCAACCCAUGCAGCAAGCACAGUUUUCGCAACCCAUGCAACCCAUGCAACAGAUGCAGCCCAUGCAACAGCCAAUGAUGCAGCCUAUGCAGCAGCCGAUGCAACAGCCAAUGCUACAGCAACCAAUGCAACAACUGCAGCAACCACAACUUCAGCAGCCCAUGCAGCAACCGAUGCAGUUUCAAUCGCAGCCAUUCCAACAGCAGCCUAUGAUGCAACAAUCGCUUUCGCUCCAACCUUCUAUGCAACCCAUGCAGCCCAUGCAACCUCUUCAAUACCAAGGAGCCCAAGUGGGAGCGUACCCACAGCAACCGCAGCCACAGCAGCCGGGACUCUACGGGUGCUGA